ACAUUAUUUUCAUAACGCAAUUUUGCGAGAGUUCCUAUUAGUUGAAAAAAAUUAAAUUUUUGUGUGCAAACUAAGACAUGCCGCGAUCAUAUCGCUUAAUGUGCGACAGUCGCCUGGAUUCUUAUAUUUUGCGAAAAGAUUGUGAAUCAUUUGAAAACGUUUUUUCUCUCAUUGAAGGCGACUACAUGCCGGCCAAUUAUGUUCAUCGUACAAAGCAACGCACCGUGUUGGGAAUUGCUGCGGAAAAUGGUUCACUGAAUAUGAUGUUAAAGCUUUUGGCUUUUGGUGAAAGUGCGACCUUUAAAGAUCCAUUUGGUAAAAGCGCAAUUGAUUAUGCGAAAGAAAAUAAACAAGAGGAAUGUUGUGAGGGUUGUGAGCUCUUAAUGUGUUAUGAACGUGUGACAUCCACCACAACAUGGAAAAAUUACGUGGAAAUUGGAAGAGCGUAUCGAUCAACACAAGGCACACAAAAUAUUAUUGAUCACAACUUACUUUUUCAUGUCAUUGAUCAUAUCCAUGAAAAUACGUCAAAAAAUGGCGCUAUUCUUGUAUUUUUGCCCAGCUACGACGAUAUAUGCGAACAACAUGAAAAGUUAGUAAGCGUACAUGGAUUACAGGAUUGGGGUUAUAAGAUUUUUGCGCUGCAUAGCGAACUAAAUGAUGAAAACAAUGAGGGUCAUGCUCAUGUCUUUGAUCGCAUGGAAAAUGGCGUUCGAAAAAUAAUAUUAUCUACAAAUAUUGCAGAAACAGCACUUACAAUAGAUGAUGUCGUCUACGUUGCAAGCGAAAAUAUUACAAAUUUGGGUAAACACGGUAAACAUUUGGUAAACAUGCCAAUCGAUUGUCAAUUGAGUAAGACACUCUUCUACGCAAUUAUUUUGCGAUGUUUGGAUCCCAUUGUUAUGAUUUCCAGUGCACUGUCGGUGAAAGAUUUAUUCGUACUUUCAUUUGAAAAUACACAGGAAGUGACUGAAAAAAUCAAUGAAACAAAAAAUCGAUUCGCAGAAAAUAAAUAUAGCGACCAUCAACUGUAUUUCAAUAUAAUUCAAAAUUGGUCGAAACAAUUACGGGAACAUCAACGAAAAUUUUGUGUCGAGAAUUACAUUUCACAAGGUAACAUGUUAAAAGCCGAAGGCAUUCGAUGUUUAAUCUUCGACUACAUAUGCAAAUCUGGUAUGAUUUCGCAAUCAAUGCGUGAAUUGAACGAAAAUUCCAGCAAUUGGAAUGUGGUGAACGCAUGCAUCAUGGCUGGGUUUUAUCCUAACCAUAUUGUGAAUAAUGGGAACAGCAUUGGAAAUACCCAUCCACAUCCGUCAUCUGUUGUGUCACAAGCUAGCCUAAAUCAACCUGGACUUGUGGUAUUUGAACAAAAACAAAAACGAAAGAACGGCAACUUUGUUCUGAAAAAUAUUUCAGUUUUACCAUCGGAAGCUGAAAGUUUGUUACCAAAAUUGGAAGAACUUUUAUGCCAAUUUGUUCGUUAUUGAUACAAAAAAAAUUCAUAUUAUCGUUCCAACUUAUUUUUUAUAUUUACCAUAAUUUUAAUACCGAUCAUUCAUUUAUUAUUAGUCAAUAGUAAUAGUUUCGUUUCAUUUUCUGCGCAAUGAAUGCGAUAUAAUAAGAAAAUUACACAAAUUGCCUUAGUUAUA